AUGAACAUUAAAAACCUCUACAUCGCCAACUUUUGCAAGGCAUGGACAUUACAACCUUUGAAGGAUACAUGCAAGGUUAACGUUCCUAAGACCAGAAACACCUACUGCAAGGGCAAGACCUGCAAGAAGCACACUGCCCACAAGGUCUCUCAGUACAAGACCGGCAAGGCUUCUCUCUUCGCUCAGGGAAAGCGUCGUUACGAUAGAAAGCAGUCUGGUUAUGGUGGUCAGACCAAGCCCGUCUUCCACAAGAAGGCCAAGACCACCAAGAAGGUUGUCCUUCGUCUUGAGUGCCAGGUCUGCAAGUACAAGCACCAGAUCGCUUUGAAGCGCUGCAAGCACUUCGAGCUCGGUGGUGACAAGAAGCAGAAGGGCCAGGCUCUUACCUUCUAAAUGCCAUAAAAAAAAUACAUUAUUGCGAUCAUGUUCAGCCUGUGUUUUAUUUUUUAAUAAAAAAAUCCACCAGAUUGGGCACGUCUCCUCCUCCCUUUUCUCUCUUUCUUUCUCAUUCGUUCAUGUGCGAAGUGUAUUUUAAGUUUU